AUGCAAAAGAACGACUUAUCUGAUUGCUCAUUUCAUGCUACGGACAUCAACCGUCGCCUUUGUGCACGCGAAGUCCCGAUGAAGAUACUCGUACUAGGAAUGCCACGCACAGGCACCUGUUCGCUCAUGCGCGCGCUUAAAUAUCUUGGGUACUAUGACGCUUACCACGGGUACGAUGCAAUUUUCAAGAAUCCCAGGGACUGCGAAAUGUGGUACGCCGCCCUCUGUGCCAAGUAUGAUGGCAUAGGGAAAGUAUUUGGCCGCGAAGAAUUUGAUAAGCUGCUAGGGCAUUGCCAGGCUGUUUUCGCUCUUCCCGCGCUCUGUCUUGCAGAGGACUUAGUCAAUGCAUAUCCGGAUGCGAAGGUCAUCUUGACAUAUCGGGAUGUUGACGAAUGGCAUCAAUCCGUGAAGCAGACUAUUGUUCCCCUUGUUACUGGCAGAUAUCAAUAUCUCUGCCAAUUUAUGGACAAUAUUCUUUUAAUGCGAACUCGCUGGAUCCGACCGACCUUCCGAAAGUCCUGGCAAAUACUUUUCAAGGGCAAUUUUGACGCGAAUGCUCGUUAUUCUUUUGAAGAGCACUACAAAGCAAUGCAGUCUCUGGUUCCCUCAAGCAGACUUCUUCUUUACCAUGUCGAAGAAGGAUGGACACCAUUAUGCAGGUUCCUCGGUGUUCCAAUUCCGCAAGUCCCAAUGCCUCGUGGCAACGAAAGGAAGGCACUACGCGAAAAGUUCCGGAGAUUGAUGCGGCAUAUGUUCUGGGAGUAUCUGGUAAAGGCCGCGAAACUAGUUACCUAUACUUUCCUUGCUUUUACCCUAUGGAAUUCGCUUUGUUGA